AUGGGUCCAGCGCUACGCAACGGGAAGAAGAAGGUUGGCCGUCCUAAAAAGAAGGCCUCAACUACGUGCUACAAGUGUAAAAGGACCUUAAAGACUCACCAAGGACUCAAGAAACAUUUAGCGCGAAAGAAUCCUUGUGACAAGCGAUCUGUAGCAGCUCGCGAAGAGGCACGCAAAAUUGCCAGGCGUCUAGCUAGUAAAGCCUACUACAUCCGGAAGAAGAAAGGAAUAUCGUUGGCGUCAUGGCGUGAGCGCAUGCCGCUGACAGCGCGUCAGGAGGCCCGCCGACGUGCUGAUUACCUGGCAAACCUGUAGGCUGUUACAUACUUCAUAAUCUUAAUUAUGAGAAAUAAAAAGAUCUACAGUCC